AUGAGCAAGAACUACAGCAUCUGCGUAGGCGCCACGGGCUUCGGCGGCGGCGUUUGGCACAGUCCGGACGGCGGGGAGAACUGGACUCGGAUCAGAGACCCGUUCCCGCUGGGCAGUCAGGUCCGGGCGAUGGCGGUGUAUCCCGACGACCCCAGCCGCAUCCUGGCGGGAGCGGACAAUGGCAUCUAUCGCAGCGAGGACAAAGGGGCUUCGUGGGGAAAACUCUGGUCGCCAAUGGACGGUGUGCCGAUAUGGUCCAUUGCCAUAGACCCGGAGGACACCGAGACCAUCUUCGUGGGGAUCAAGCCCGCCGCGCUGUUCCGGUCGCGCGAUGACGGCCAGAGCUGGACCAAGCUUUCCGUUCAGAUGGCCCAGGAAUGCCACAUCGGUCCCCCGAUGGUUACCAUGCUGAUGGUGGACCCGAAAGACCACCGCACCGUUUGGGCCGGCGUUGAAGUGGACGGGGUCUACCGCAGCCUGGACGGCGGCGAUACCUGGACCCACGUUGAAGGCGGCGUGCAUCCGGACAUCCACGGCAUGGCCAUCAGCCCAGGCGAGCCGAACCGGGUCAUCGCCAGCACGCCCCGCGAAAUCUACGCCACCACGGACAUGGGCGAAAGCUGGGAAUCCGUGGUCACAACUGACCAGUUCGUCCUGCCCUACAGCCGCGGCAUUGCCGUCAAGCCCGGCGACCCCAACGUGAUCUUCUCCGGCGUCGGAGACACGGCAAUCGGAGGCGCCGGCGCUAUCCAGCGCUCCCGGGACGCGGGCCAAACCUGGGAAACGCGCCCGCUGCCGGUUGAGCCCAACUCCAACAUCUGGCAAUUCGCCACCCAUCCGGCGGACCCAGAUUUCGUCCUGGCGUCCAGCCUCAUGGGAGAGCUGUACUCGACCAGCGACGCCGGAGACUCGUGGGUCAAGGUGAAGCGAGAGUUCACCGAAGUGGGCGCGGUGGUGUGGGUGCCCAACUGA